CGCCGCGGAGCCGCGCGGCCUCGGGUCUUUUUGUCUGAACUGGAUCCCGCUGCCGCUUCACAGUGUGCGCGAUUAAACCGGAGCUGCGUCCGUCCCGCACUGUCAAAAAACCCACUCCAAACCCCAACACAAGCGCAGCCGGUGCCGUUGUUUCCCCGUGCAGCCAUGAGCGGUGCAGCGGUGCCGUUGGACUGAGCUCGCUCGGGUUCGCGGGCUGCUCGGGCUGCCGUUGGAGCGGGUUUCUCCACAUUCUCAUCCUCCGUCAUUUCUUUAACUUUUCAAACACGCAGCCGCGCCGGAGCGGAGCGGACCGGAGCAUGGGAUCCCCGGACUCUUAGGAACAGAAUCUGAGCCGGGGCUUUGACCGAAUUUCAGCGAAACGAUGGCGAACUCGACGGGGAAAAACCUCCCCGUGCAGCGGAGGACAGGACAGGCUUUCCUGGACGAGCUGCGGCAAUUUCACCACAGCAGAGGAUCUCCGUUUAAAAAGGUUCCCGUGGUGGGUGGGAAGGAGCUGGACCUGGGCGCUCUGUAUAUGAGAGUGGUGUCUUUAGGGGGCUUCGCGAAGGUGUCCGACAAGAAUCAGUGGACCGAACUGAGCGAGGAUUUCAAUUUCCCUAGGAGCUGCUCGAAUGCUGCUUUUGUUUUGAAACAGUACUACCUUCGCUAUUUAGAGAAGUAUGAAAAGGUGCAUCACUUUGGAGAAGAAGAUGAAGAGGAGCAGCCGGGGAAUCCUAAACAUUUGCUUCCGAUUGGUGCAAUACCCACGUCAUACAACUACCAGCAACACACUGUAUCAGACUAUCUCCGCCAAAGCUAUGGGCUGUCGACGGAUUUCGUCCCUCCAUCCGAUUACAACAAACUGGUGCUGUCUCUCCUGUCUGGGCUCCCGAACGAGGUGGACUUUGCCAUUAACGUGUGCACGCUCCUGUCCAAUGAGAGCAAGCACGCCAUGCAGCUAGAAAAAGAGCCCAAACUCGUCACGCUGCUGCUGGCGCACACGGGAGUCUUCGACGACUCAUUAGGCAGCUUUUCUGCUCUAUUUGGGACAGACUGGCAGGAGAAAACGUCACGGGACUUUGUGAGGUUUUGGAAAGAUGUCAUUGAAGACAUUGAAGUAAAAGAUCUCAUCUCAGACAAGAGCUGCACACCCCAAAACAUAUUGAAGACGAGGGACGUCUGCACUCCUCUCUUCCACCCAGCACGUGCCGUAGGCAUCGGAGACGUCGAGGGCCAGCGGGUGUUGCAGGUGGCAAUGAUUCUGAGGAACUUGUCCUUCGAGGAGGCCAACAUCAAACUCCUGGCAGCUAAUCGCACAUGUCUGCGCUUCCUCUUACUGUGUGCGCACUGCACCUUCAUCCAGCUGCGGCAGCUGGGUCUCGACACGCUCGGCAACGUCGCCGGAGAGCUUCAGUUGGAUCCCGUUGAUUUCCGAACAACUCAUCUGAUGUUUCACACCAUCACGAAGUGUUUGUUGUCACGGGAUCGUUUUCUCAAAAUGAGGGCCAUGGAAAUUCUCGGGAACCUGAGCAAAGUGGAGGAUAAUGGCGUUCUGAUCUGCGAGUAUGUGGAUCAGGAGUCGUACCGAGAAGUCAUCGCCCUCCUGACGCUGCCGGACGUCAUGCUGGUCAUCUCCGCGCUGGAGGUCCUGCACCUGCUGGCAGAGCUCGGGGAGAUCACGUGCUCUAAAAUCUCCUCCGUGGAGAGAAGCAUAGAUCUUCUAGUGCGGUUGGUGUCAGUGGACCUGCACACGUUUGGACCGGACGCCUUGACGGCAGUAAAACUCAUCGAGCAUCAGGCCUCGAGCAGUCAGGUCUCAGAGGUUCGGCCGCAGCUUGUCGAGCACGCUCCCCCACCCACGCAAGGCACUCCUGGCGCUGUGAACAGGGCGCCUGUGCAGUCUACGCCUCCGCCUGGGAUUGUGGAAGUAGAUGGAGAGAAAUUCACAACUCAGUGGCUAAAUGCUCAUUUCGAGGUUCAUCCAGACGGUUCGGUCUCUCGCUCUGAGAUGUACUCUGAUUAUCUGGCGACCUGCAGCAAGAUGGCGCGGGGUGGAGUGUUAACAUCCAAUAACUUCUACAAAUGCCUGAGGACGCUGUUUCCUAAUCACACGGUGAAGCGUGUGGAGGACACACGGCUGAGUGGGCAGGCUCAAAUCCAUGUGGUUGGUGUGCGGAAGAGGCCGAUUCCUCUUCCCGUCCAGCUUUAUUAUCAGCAGCAGCAGGCCAGUCCUGCUCCAGUUCCCAAACACGAAGCCCCCUCAGAAACCCCUCAGCCCCUGUCAGUGCUGCCUCCUGGUGUGGGAGGGCAGCUUGUCCGGGCACCAGCACUAAGCCUUACUGCCGGCCAGGCAGCACCACAGGUGGCCUUCACCAUGCACGGUACGUCGCACGCCAACGCUCCCAAUGCUCCUGCGCCAGCCCCGACUGUUCCACGACUCCCCAUGAACCCUCCAGGACAAGCUGCACUUCCUCCUCCAUGCCCUCCUGCCACCGCCCCAGUUCCCAUACGACCCAAUGACAUUCUCAAAACAGCCAUGAUCCAGAGCUCCAUCCCCACGGCCACUGCUGCACCUGCUGCUCCCAACCACAGCGGCUCACCUAUCCAGCAGCCCCUGCUCCAUCACGCUCCCGUUACACUGAUCCAGCAGGGGCCGCCGCCCCAGGGACACGUAUUUACAGGUCGAGUGCGAAGUGUUUGUCCUUCGGUGGCCCAACAGCGCAUGCAAGCCCCUCAGGGACAGCAAGGUGCCCCUUCCCAAGAGGCUGUGGUGCUCACGCCGCCUCAGUAUGUCAGUGCUCCUUGCACUCCGCUGAUGGCAGGAGGGCAGGUCGUGACUGUCUCAGGCAUGACUAGCAACCGUGUCACAUUUCAAAAUAUCGCCCCCAAACCUGCACCACAAGCCCAGUCGCCACAGCCUCAACCUCAACAGCAGCAACAGCAAAGCUUAGUCAUCGUCAGUCAGAAUCAACAACCCAACACUGCAUUCGCCCCAGCCAUCCAUCAAAUCGUACUGACCAACCCCAGUCCUCAAACCAUCCAACCGCAGCCCACGCAGUCUCCCGCUUCCCCAAAUGCACCGAUCCCCAACCCUGCCCCCAUGCAGCAAGCCCCGCCCAACACAGUUAGCCAUAUGCUGUCUGUCAAGCGCCAGUUUCAGCAGACUCUGCCCCCUCCUCCACCCCCAGCCCAACCUACCUCCACAGAAUCCAGUCUGAUCAAACAGUUACUGCUUCCGAAACGCGGUCCUUCCACCCCAGGUGGAAAACUCAUACUCCCCGCACCGCAAGUUCCCGCUCCUGUGAGCACCAGAGCGCCAAGCCCGCAAGUCAUAUACCAGGUGACCAACAGCGGUGCGGUGGCGUCUCAACCGCAGUUAAAUGUGCAACUUAUGCAGAGCCCCUUGCAGGCGACCGGUGCUGUUCCCAUCUCCAUCCUCCCAGGGCAGAUCAUUUCCACUUCCACCCCUGGCACCCUUCUGCAGGCUACACCCAGCAACCAAGUUACCUUCACAGUAGUGCCAAACUCUGGCUUCCCCGGCCAGGGAGCGCAGACCCCGCCCACAAUCAACCUUCAGUUGACUCCACCUCUGCCAAUUGCUGGAGCCACGCCCAUUCCGCCUUUCCGAGGUGACAAAAUCAUCUGCCAAAAGGAGGAGGCGGCCAAGGACGCCACGGGGCUGCACGUCCACGAGCGCAAGAUCGAGGUCAUGGAGAACAACUCCGUCACCGACGGUUCGGCCAAAGCCAGCAAUGGUGAAUCCGCAGAGGUGGACGGACCUGCGGCCAAGCUGCUCAAUGGGAGGAAGUUUGACUCGAGUCUACCUCCAUACCACUCAGGGAACAGCCAAGCAGAGGCGUUGAACGGCCCUGCGGCGCAAGGCGGCGACAGCGGCGGCCCUGGGAAGCAGACGCCCUCUGACCCUAAAAAGCUAAUGGUAAACGGGGUGUGUGACUUUGAUCGAUCGGAUGCCACCCAUCCGAGCAAAAACAUUCCAAAUCACAAGGCUUCCAAACACAUGGGGAACGGUGAGGUGUUGUCGCCUCAGAAAGCGCACGGGCCUUUCGGCCUCAAGGACUCUCUUGCUGCUCCUCAGCAGGAUACUGCCAAAGCAGAGCAGGCCGAACGCCUGGCCAAUGGGCCCAGCCACGGCACUGAGAUCUCCAACGGCCCCAACUCAGAGACAUUGGGCCUGAGGCAACAGCACCCACCUCAUAACCACUCCCCACCUCCGCCCGUUUCCGAGCCACCGCCCCCGGCUCCCCCGCUGCCUCCCGCUAACGGCACCUCGGAGAGCCGGCCGCUGAAGAGACCGCUGGAGGACGGGGACAGAGGUACCUCCGGAAUCCCCAACAAAAUGGGUGUACGGAUAGUGACCAUCAGCGACCCCAACAAUGCUGGUAACUGCGCCACCAUGGUGGCCGUGCCGGUGGGCGCAGACCCAAGCACAGUAGCAAAAGUAGCAAUAGAGAAUGCAGCGCAGCAGAGACCAAGUGUGCCCUCGCCGCUCCCUGAAACCAAUGCUCAGCCUGUGUCAGUGCAGACUCCGCCUCCAGUGGAUCCGGCUGCACAGGGAACCAAUCAGAGUUCUCCAGCACCCGCCCUCUCUCCAGAUCAAGCACGUAAACCUGGACAGAACUUCAGAUGUCUGUGGAAGGCAUGCAAACGGUGGUUUGACACGCCAUCACAGGUGUUUUACCAUGCAGCUACCUAUCAUGGCAGUAAAGACAUGUACCCAGGGCAGUGCCAAUGGGAGGGCUGUGAACCUUUUCCUCGCCAGAGACUAUCCUUCAUCACACACCUGCAGGAUAAGCACUGCUCGAGGGAAGCGCUCACAGCUGCACUCAAACUGGAGGAGCAAACGCAAGGCACUUCCAAGUCUCCUCCAGCAGCCGUCAGCAGUCCUCCGCCUCCUCCCAGACCACAGAAAGCGCUCGUCAACCACCCCAGUGCAGCUCUGAUGGCUUUACGCAGGGGCUCACGGAACCUGGUGUUCAGGGACUUCACAGACGAUAAAGAGGGACCAAUGACCAAACACAUUAGACUAACUGCUGCCUUAACGUUAAAGAGCAUCGCCAAGUACUCAGAUUGUGGACGGAAGUUGGUAAGGCGGCAUGAAAACCAUCUCUCUGUGCUUCAUUUCACUCUUCUGACCCCCUCUUCACGCCUGGCCCGACGAGCACAUUUUUAUAGCCCCAGAGGAGUGCGGGGGGGAUUCUGUGGGCGGGGCAAGUGGACAACGGUGCGGGAGAGGUGUGGCUAG